ACGCACGACAAAAUGGCGAAUAUCCAGUCGUCGCCGAGGACAACAGGAAGGUUGCGAGCGGCGUAACUCUUGCUUGUUUGUCAAUCUCGGCGCGUAGAGGGCGAGAGACUGUCUCAGAAGUUGCAGAGAGAGAUGAAUAGUCCAGGGGGAAGUGCCCUUCUUGCUUCCCAUAAACUCAUCCCCUUCUCCACCCUCUUUCUCUCCACCCCUUUCCGUCUCCACCCAUUUUCACCCAAACUCUCACAUUCUCGUCUCAUUGCCCAUUCCUCUCUUCCUUAUCUCUCCUCCAUAUCUACUUUCACCAACACCCCAUUGAUUACCCCCCAUGAUAUCGAUUAUAAGAAGAAGAAUGUGAAGGAAAAGGAUAUAGUGGAUUUUAGUAGAAGGGAUUGGAGGGCGAGAGCAGAUGAGGGGGAAGCAGAGGGUGGAGGCGCGGAUGACUUCGAAUACGAGGAGGACGAGGUGGAAGAGGUGGACAACAAGAAAGAUUAUGACGUCGAGUACGACAGCCUGCGGCCUUCUCAUAGCGACGACAUUGAGAUGGUCGACAGCAAGACCUUUGUUUCGACUGAGGGAUGGGACUCUGAGAUGGUGGUCGAUUACAAGAUCAAUGAGGAUGAGUUCCAUAAAAUCCGACUUCUUGACUGUGACUUCUUCAUAAGAAAACCCCCAGACCUUGAUAACGAUGUCUAUGACUUCAGAGAGAUGUAUGUCACUCCUCCAGACACAGAUGUGUAUGCGAUUCCUAGGGUCUUGGCGCCCAUGCCCAAGAAGUACAUCCGCUGUUCAAAAAGUGAUUAUGCUUAUUAUCAUGUUACUGAACCACCGAUCGAUGGACCUCGGGAUCCGCUAUAUAAAUCUGAAAGAGGGAUCAUGAAGAUCUUCUUGACAAAGCAUUAUCGAAAUCGACGGCUGAAGGACUGGGAAUUUGUUCUUGAUUUUGAGGAGAUUUAUGUUAUUGACUCGAAGACAAAGUCAAUUACACGAGCAAAAGUUUUAGUAACAGUUCCGGGAGGAAGAGACAGGGAUAGGAAGGAAGACUUGCUGGUUAUUCGCGACAAUGGGACCUCAUUCAAAAUCAUUCGUUCGAGUGAGAGGGACGACCCUACUACUAUCAUAGAGAGAGAGGAGUGGAUUAAAACAAGAAAAGAGAUGGAGAAUCACCUUCGAAAGUUCCGAGACUUUGAAAUUUCCAACUGGUUCUGAAAUUUCACUCUGGAGCUUCAUGCACAUACGAAGGUCACUUCUUUACCAAUUAUACUCGUAUUGCAAUACUCGGUCACCAACCAUGAGGUGCAAAUCCCACUAUGGUGAGGUUCAACUGGAUUUGAAGUCCAGGAUUCUGGUGUUGAAGGCGUGGAGAGAAAAAUAUGGAGUUGUGUACUGCAUACUUUUCCACUGCUUUGCCCCUGCCCAGGUCUUGUUACAUGCUACUGCUACUGCUACAAAGAUGCGAGUAUGAUUAAAUCUUGGUAUGGUAAAAUGUUUACACCCUUGUUGAUUGGGCUUCGACGUGUAACAUAGGGUUCUUCCAUGGCCAGCAACUAAUGUAACUGCAAUAUUUUGGUAAACCCGGUAAAUCCAAUAUUUGGCAUUGGUUU